CUCCAGACCGAACCGCGAUCGCUCGACACAUACACAACUGUCGCGCAAAUAUGGCACCAAUAUCACUCGCAGAAAUCGUGUCGGCUCUCCCAUCCGCGGAUGGCUGGGGACCAGCGACCUCCACUGAGACCACUCUCGAUGGCGUCCCAUACGCACCAUACUCCAAAGGCGACAAGCUAGGGCGCAUGGCCGAUUGGACCUCUGAGGGCAAGGACGGCAGAGAUGGCAGAGGUGGAAGGCAACAAUAUAACCGCAACUACAGAGACCAGCAAGUUUACGGUGCCGGAACCUCGUCGCUUUUCGCCGUUCAGCUCGCCGAGGACGAGUCUUCUUUCUCCGUCGUCAGCAACACUCGCGAUACCGCCAAGACCCGAUUUGGAAGAGGUGGCGGAUUCGGCCGUGGCCGUGGACAGCGUGGCGGGCGCGGGGACACCAGAGGCGGCAGAGGCCAGUUCCAGAGAGUCAGCAACGGACGCGGAGGAGCACAGGGUGGAUACGGUGGCUACGAUGCUCGUGGAGGCCGUGGUGGUGCUCGUGGCGGCCGCAGAUUCGGCUGGAAGGAUUACGAUAAGCCGCAGCGCAACCGCGAUGCGUCGGUUAACAUCAAGCCUGACUGGAAGCUACUUGAGGAGAUUGACUUCAACCGUCUGACCAAGCUGAACCUCGACGCUGACGAGGGUGAGGAUGUCGACAGCUACGGUUUCGUGUACCGCUACGACCGCUCCUUCGACAAGCCUGCUACGAAGAGCAACGAGCGCAAGCUCAACGUCGUCGACCGCGCCUCCUACAACGUCACCACCUCCUCCGAUCCCGUCAUCCAGGACCUCGCCGAGAGGGACGAGGCCACCAUCUUCGCCACCGACAGCGUUCUCUCCAUGCUUAUGUGCGCGCCCCGCUCCGUGUACCCCUGGGACAUCGUGAUCGUCAGGCAAGGCAACAAGAUCUUCCUUGACAAGCGUGACAACGCCGCCCUGGACAUGGUCUCCGUCAACGAGAACGCCGCCGACUCCCCGAUGGACGCCUCCGAGGGUAACAAGGACGCCAUCAACCAGCCUGCCGCGCUCGCCGAGGAGGCCACCUACAUCAACCACAACUUCGCGAACCAGACCAUGAUCGAGGAUGACGCCCACCGCUCCGACAUGGCCAACGAGAACCCCUUCUACAACGCCGCCGAGGAGACCGACCCACCCGCAAGCAAGGCCUACAAGUACCGCCGCUUCGAUCUCGCCGUCACCGACGAGGAGCCGCUCAACCUGAUCGUCCGUACCGAGCUCGAUGCCGUUACCAAGAAUGCUAUCAGCGGCGAGGACCAGUACGUCACCGUCAAGGCUCUCAACGAGUUCGACCACAAGGCCCAGGGAAGCGGAGGUGCCCUCGACUGGCGCACCAAGCUCGUCUCGGCUCGUGGUGCCGUUGUCGCCACCGAGAUGAAGAACAACUCGUGCAAGCUCGCUCGCUGGACCGUCCAGUCCAUCAUCGCGAACGCCGAUGUCAUGAAGCUCGGAUUCGUCUCCCGUGCCAACCCCAAGUCCAACGACCGCCACGUGAUCCUCGGCGUCAUCGGCUGGAAGCCCCGCGACUUCGCAGCGCAGAUGAACCUCUCCCUCUCCAACGGCUGGGGUAUCGUCCGCACCAUCGUCGACAUGUGCAUGGCGCAGCCCGAGGGCAAGUACGUGCUCGUCAAGGACCCGAAUAAGCAGAUCCUGAGACUGUACGACGUCCCGAGUUCGUCGUUUGAAGAGGAGGUCGAGGAGGAGGCUGAGGUCGCUGAGGAGGAUGAGGAGGAGUAGGGGUAUGGGGUUAGAUUAUUUAGGGGGUAGACGGCAAUACAUGAAUGAAUGUUGUUACGUG